UCAAUUGUCUGCAGCCGAGUUUCCGACAAGUGUCCCUCCUUCCGUUCACUCCUUUUAUUCUGCAUUCCUUCCUUGCUUCAGACUUUCAUCUGCAACCGGCCGCUCCAAUGGACUCGCCGUCCGUAGUGCUCAUUCCGCCCACACCCCAGCCCGUCGGAAGUCUGCAGCCGUCCCCUCUCUCGGCAUCCACAACAACGUCGGGUUCUUCGUUGCCAGAGCUAGCCCCAUCUGCAAUGGACAAAGAUCGCAGCUCGUCCGAAACUACGAUAGUUACCAUUUAUUCCAUGUAUGGAGAAGAGGAGGAAAGCUGGUCUACUUCUGCCCCUCACUUGGACCAGAACCACCACCGUCGACCCUCGAAAGGCGUUGCCGUCGCCGUUUCCGACAGCUGCGACCUGUACAUACCACCGAACGGUCGACCAGCAGAAGAUAGCGGGUAUUACGAUGCAACGUUCGAUGCGAUGCGUCCACCCAGCAAACUCCUCAAUCCCCACGCGAACCGCCUCUCCAACACCUCUGACGACGCUAUGCAGUCCGCAUAUUCUGACGGCCGACCGACGUCAAAUUAUGCACGGACAUCGACCACAGGUACGCGCAUGAACAGCUUGUCAGAGAGCCAGCGCCGCAGCGGUGCACCCUCGACAUCGAGCGAAGUGGGAGCGCCUACCCGUAACAAGCCCGUGAGCAGACCGGACAGCCGUCCUGCCAGUCACGCGAGUUCGCAGCACCAGCAGACCACAUUGUCACCCCAAUCGAACGGCCAUGCGAACGGCGGGUCCCCGUCACUGUAUUUCACGCCGCCGUUGUCACCUGUCUCACCUGACGCCGAACAGCGGCGGGAUUCUCGUUCGCCCCACCUGGCGGUUCCUUCCACGCCUGCUUCCUCGCCGCCGCGGCCCUCGACCACAAGCACGCCCUCGAGUAAGCACAGCAUACCUUCGCUGGUGCAGUCCGAAGGCGAAGAUGCAGAUGCCUUCCACGUUCGCAGCACGUAUGCACAGCUGGACGCGAUUGGGGUCAAGGGUGAUGGUAUCGAGGAGGGCGUCGAGCGGACACGGGCGCGCGUUGGGGGCAACAGGCAGAGCGAACUGAGGGCAGAACAGGCGUUGGCGGACGAGAACGAGAAGAGGCGGGAGCUCACUCCGCAAGAGAUACAGCUGCUAUCAAAUCUGGAUCGCUACGGGUUCUUCGUGACGCCAUCCCACGACCGGCUCAUUCUGCUACCCGCAGCGCCAUUAGGGAAACCUCUCUCUCGUGUCUCUACGCCAACCACUUCGUGCGCUCCAAGCGCACCCCUCCUGCGUUCUCCACCUCCCAGCCCAUACCCUGCCAAGGAGGGCGAAAGAACGGCAAAGUGGGGACGAAUGCUCACCGCUGACUCCCGGGACGAAGGCGGCAACGUCGAAGUGUGGGGCGUUAGACCGAACAAGGAGCAUAAACUUCGGGAGCGGACAUUCAAGGGCAUCCCGAACUGCUGGCGGAGCGCCGCCUGGGAAGUGCUCAUGAAUAGGUUCACCAAGACGGGCAGAAGGGAGCUGCGAACACUUGCGGGGGAGUACCGUCAAGCCCUGGACCAGCCGUCGAGCUACGACAUCCAGAUCGACUUGGACGUGCCACGGACGAUCGGCGGUAAUGUCCUCUUCCGCACGCGCUACGGUCUGGGACAACGAUCAUUAUUCCAUGUCCUGCACAGCCUGUCAUUACGCUGCGAUACGUGCGGGUAUUGCCAGGGCAUGGGUCCCAUCGCCGCGACACUCCUCUGCUACUUCGACCCGGAGCGUGCGUAUGCAUCGCUUGUGCGAAUACAUGACGCAUACUCGAUGCACGAAAUCUUCAGCCCCGGGUUUCCUGGGCUGCUUGAGGCGAUCUACGUUCAGGAACGCAUCACGGAGCAGAUGAUGCCUGACGUCUAUGCGGCGUUCAAGAAACACAUGAUCUCGACAACGUCCUACGCAACAAAGUGGUACAUAACCCUGUUUGCCAAUUCUGUGCCAUUCCAAGCGCAGCUCAGGUUGUGGGAUGCGUUCCUCCUGGAGGGCCACGACAUCUUCAUUGUCGUGGCUGUGGCUGUAGUGUGGGUCUACAGAGAUCAUAUCACUUCGAGCUCGGCCAAUUUUGAAAGCGUCUUGUCAUUGCUCUCAUCCUUCUUCGUUCCCGAGGACGAGAACGCCCUUCUAUCAUGGAUAGAAAAGGUCAUCUCUGACAAGACGAUGCGAGACCAGAUGCAUGCUUGGCGACAAGAAUGGAAACGUCUCGUGAAAGAAGGCAAAGACGGCUCGGCACUCCUAUAGCCCCAACACCCCUAUCCAUCUCUGCAUGCACAUCCUGUCGUUCUUGUGGUCUUGCGGUGUAUUAUGCUUGUCGCACUCUGUAUAUACGCUCCUUCGUCAUCUCGCUACCCGGAAAUACCGUACAAUUAUAGCUACUAGUACUUGCACGCUGUACCAUUUGCACCAGCCUUUUACACUAUCAUGUUUAGGCCCAACACUCGCUCACAGACUUUCCGCGCGAUAUAGACGGCGCAUACAGAUUCUUCCCGCGAUCACGCUCAGGCUGCGCCCGCUUACUUUGACGACCUAUA